AUGGACGCCCUUCGCGCUGUAUUCAACCACUUGGUAUUACCAUACCACCUCCCCGGCCGCGCUGAUGACGACGCUGAUGCACUCUCGCAUGAUGUACUCAGACGCCUCAUCAGUGCCUGCGACGUCAUCCUGGACAUGGCAGACGAGCCAUGGAAGCAAUCCUUUCAGAACCUCAAACGGUCACUGGAUGUAUGCUCCCAGCUGAAUGUCGGUGGUAUUGAUAAGAUGGCCUUGUUGGACCACUUUCGCAAACUUUGCCCAGGUUACAUGUUGAUAUUGCUUGUGCGUGAACAGAAUGCGGCCUUGCUCAUACGCCGUGAGGAUCUCGAUGACGGCCGCAAUGUCAUCUUCGAGGCCUUCGAAACAUCACCAACAUCCCAGGACGUCCUUGCAGCAGGCCAUGCACUGCAGUGGGAUUUCCCUGGACGGUCGGCAAGAAUACCUUUCAGCGAGUUCGCAGAUGAAGGAUUCCAAGAAAGCUUGUCAGGGUUUCUGGAACAAGCCAGCAUGGAGUCAUUGCACUUCCUCCAAGCAUCUACCAAGAAAGCUGGCGUUUCUGUCGUUGAGGUCCGAGACACCACAGACCCAGCCCUGAUCACGCAAAUGUUGUUACCACUUCUCGAGGCUCUGGGAUGUCACUUCGACGCACCUCUGCUGCGGAAGAGCAUACGUGACGAUGUCAACAUCAACAAUGCAGAACUUCCAUGGCGCAGACUUCCAUUCUGGCUUGUCUUGAGAGUUGCGUCACAGCGACAGUUAUCGCUUGAGCUCGGCAACCAGCAAGGUCGUUUUGCUUAUAAGUGCUUGAUGGGCAUUCUGUUUUCCAGCCUUCUGGAGAAGUGUACUGACCACCUGGAACCCGAACUUGUCGCUACAUUACGGGCUAAACUUUGUCGUCGGAUGGCAAAGCUCGAAGCUGAUUGUGCAGCGCUGGGAGCAAGUCGAACCACGGCAUGUCGAUCUAUCCUUGAAAGACUUCGGCCUUUGGUCAAGGCUUUGGUAGACGUGACAACUAGCCACCUCAACACUUCUUGGGAGUCUUUCAAACGAGCCACGGCUCGUCGGGUGCCCAAACUCCCAUGCAGGGUAGGGGAGGACAAUUUUCACCUAUCUCUACCCAACAGCCGCAGUUAUUUUGACGAAUUGCUUUCAUUCAAGCCUGUGCAGGACAGAAAUAAUACCUCGUACUGCCUACCUCAGUCUCUCGACAAAUCCAUCAUGCAGUCCCAAAACUUCACACAGCAAGUAUUCAGACUUCGAACUACAGAGAUGGGAAUUGUUGUGCAAAGCAAAGCGCCGAUUCCGAGAAGGCGCUUGGAAGGCCGUUGCACCGACGUUGCUAGACAAAUUCACGAUUAUAUCGAAGCAGCAGGAACUCUUUAUGGAUCUGACCCUGAACACUUGAGUGCGAAACUUCUCCAUCUGUUCCUUCUGUGGGUAUACCUCGAAAGAUGCGUGAUCAUAUUGCGCCCCAUCAUUGGCCAUCACCGACCAGCCUUUGUCCCGGAGCUACUUGACGUCCUCCAACUACCCACGGUAGCGGAAAUGUCCCAUCUUCGAGAGAUCCAAUCUUACUUGAACGAACGGCAUCAGACUUCCUGGUAUGACAGCGUGCUCGGCCCCCUUGACGAGAAUUGUCUGGCGGUUCGAUUUGUCAGCAGUUCCCCCGAAAUGCUUGCCUUGGGCGACAGAAUUCAAUCGGCAUCAGAUGAAGCACGUGAUGCGAAGGAACACGAAUGGCUUGCGGCGUGUGAUAAUUAUGAUCGUCAUACUAAGGACUUCUCGAACGGAGUAUGCCGUUGCUCAACAGAUCCGUCAAGCGGGAAAAUAAAUGUAGACGGAUGCAAGAAGUGUUGGCACGGGCGAGUCAGGAAACGCAUCAGCAUUGACGCGCACGAAGAUUUUCUUCCCAAGAAGAAUCCUGCUCGGUCAAUCAUGAUUUUCGAGCUUGGAAUGCCCGAGUUCAUCUCUGCGUAUCGUAAUGCCACCUGGAAAAUACUACACAGUUUUACGCACCCCUGCCGCGUUUCUACUUCACCAAAACCGAUGGUCGCAGUCAGAGACUGCAAAGCAGUAAGUGCUUUUGCGUCAGCAAAUAUGCAAGGUGUGUCUCUUGCUUCGGUCAUCAAGUGUUUCAGUCAGACACACUACAAGUUUCGGCGUGGCAAAGUUCCUUGUAAGGACAUACUGUUGCCGUUUGCAGCAAAGUUUCAGCUAUACGACGGCGAAACUGGACUUUGGGUCCAUGAUCUCAAGAAAGAUUUGACACUGCAACAUCUCUGUGGAGUUUAUGUUCCUAAUGCACUCAAGGUGCAACUGCUUGCUCUCGAUCUCCACCCGCCAACAGUCACACGAGGGCCGUCCUCUUACGAGAUCCAAGCAAACCAAAGUACUGUACCGCCAGGGCUGUCGGUCCAUGAGUCUUCAGCAUACCAAAAGAUUCUUGGAGGGAAUGCACGUCGAUGGAUAAACAUCCUUGUUGAGAUGAGCUCCUCGAACCUCAACUUCAGCAAUGAUGAAACGAUGCGUUUGAUAUGCCAGGCUGCCGUCCAAGCUGGUCCUCAAUUAGCAGAUAACGUUCUCGGUGCUGCGCAUUGCAUCUUCGAAGAGGCAGACUUUGCUUCUCGAUUAACAGAGGUAGUUGAAAUGAAACUUCAGACAAUACGCACAAACUGGCGAGAGAAUAACUACAUGGAACUCCUUGUCACCCUCGCGUUGCGUCUAUACUCAUUGUCGGAGGAGCCCAGCAGGACCAAGGCAACGUCACUACUCAAGACGGCACGCAACGCAACAUUGACUUGGACUUCCCGGCUUCGAACAGAGGUACGAGAUGCGUCCACUGCUAGUAUUGCUGAGCAUUCUGCUAGAUAUGGAUUCUACGCCGCCUUGUUGUGUAGGCGCACAUUUGCCACUCACGCUGAGAAGACUCAAGCUCUGGACGCAACUGAUCUCGCUUCCUGGAUUCAGGCCUCACUUCCACUACAAGAGUUUCAAUUGGGCAACAUUGACAGCCUGCCCCCCUAG